AAUCAUCUUUUUUCUUUGCGACUGCAGGUCAUUCUUGAACGUCUUGUUUCUCGGUUCACGAAACAGAAAUUCACCAUGUCUUCGAACGAGUCGCCAGCAGCGGCGCUGGAGCCCACUCACGUUUUCGCGCCAAACCAAGGAUACGACUACGCCAACAACCAAGAGCAAGCUGGUGGCGUGUUACUUGACGAGGGAAUCGACGACGAACAAGACGAUUACUACGAUGAUCUGUUCGAGGACAGCGCCGACGAAGUCAACGACUCGGAGAUUACCUCUUCUAACCCUGCCGACUUCACCAAAUCAUACAACCGCCAAAGACGCGCGAACGAUGACCAAGUCUCUUCGGCGCAAAAGCCCAAGACCAACCCUGCCGGACACAAGCCUACCGCCAACAUGCAAUCCAGCGUCGACGAUCAAGUCCAGAGUCUGGCCAAACAUGCCUCCAAGCUCCGCAUUUCAAAUCUCGAGGGAGGUGGUGGCAAGCAAGAAAGAGGAGGCGGCAAGGACAAGAGCGACCGCGCCACUAGCGAACAAGUCUUGGAUCCCAGAACUCGUAUGAUCCUUCUGCAACUCUUGAACAAGAACGUUGUCUCCGAGAUCAACGGUGUCUUGUCAACCGGAAAAGAGGCCAACGUCUACCACGCCGCAACCAUUCCUGAGUCAUCAGAUGAUUCUGAAGGCGCUGUUGCACCUCUCCACAGAGCCAUCAAGGUCUACAAGACGAGUAUUCUGGUCUUCAAGGACCGCGACAAGUAUGUCACCGGAGACUACAGAUUCCGUGGCGGCUACAACAAGAGUGACAACCGCGCCAUGGUCAAAGUCUGGGCAGAGAAGGAGUUCAGAAACUUGCGUAUCCUGCACGCUGCUGGCAUUCCUUGCCCAGACCCUCUUUACCUCCGUCAGCAUGUCAUGGUCAUGAGCUUCUUGGGCAACAAAAAGGGCUGGCCCGCCCCUCGUUUGAGAGACGUUGAUUUCCAACUGCCCACCGAAGAAGAGAAUGCCGCCAAGUGGAGAGAAAUGUACAUCCAACUAUUGGGCUACAUGCGCGUCAUGUACCAGACCUGCCGACUCGUACACGGAGAUUUGAGUGAAUACAACUUGAUGUACCAUCAGAACAAGAUCUUCGUCAUCGAUGUCAGUCAAAGUGUUGAGCACGAUCACCCUCGUUCUCUCGAGUUCCUGCGUAUGGACAUCAAGAACAUCAGCGAUUUCUUUGCCCGCAAGGGUAUCGACUGUCUACCCGAGAGAGCCAUCUUCGGCUUCAUCACUGCCGAGCAAGGUGGCGUCGAGACUACUCAGAUGGAAGACCUUAUUGCAAAGAUGUACGAAACCAGAGAGCAAGAAGGUAACCAAGAUGACGAGGAAGUCGACAACCAAGUCUUCAGACAACAAUACAUUCCCCAAACCCUCGAGCAAGUCUACGAUGUCGAGCGUGACGCCGCCAGAGUACAAAAAGGCGAAGGUGAUGACCUCGUCUACAAGGCCCUCCUCGCAAACAAGACCACUGUCAACGACACAGAAGACGCCGAAAACAACAGCGAUGCCGAAGAUUCAGAUAGCGAAGAAUACGACUCUGAAGACCCCGACCGGCCACGCAGAAAGCGCAACGAAGGCGAGAGACCCAGAGGCAAGCGCUUCGAAGACAAAGACACAAAAAAGGAGCACAAAAAGGCCGUCAAGGAGGAGAAGCGCGAAAAGAGAAAAGAAAAGAUGCCCAAGCAUCUCAAGAAGAAGCUCAUUAGUGGCUCUUCUCGUGGCAAACAUUAGACCACUCUGCAUAUUCUCGUUAUUAGAAGCCAAAUGAUACCACUUUUUACGACCUGCAAGCAGUCUGUCACUCUCAUUCGACCCUCUGUUUUACUCUAAAAGACUGGGCUUGAUAGGUUACCGUCUUUAGCUCAGGUAAAUGGUCAUACCUUCCUGCUGUAUCACAUCGCCACUUCCCAUUCUGUAGGUCGCUCCUUCCUGAUCAAUUUACCGCUCCUUCCCUCUCCACAAAUUGCUCCUUCUCGUUACAGAUCUAUCGUACCUUCCUCUUGUCUUGAUCCUAUCUCCUUCCAUGUCGACUGACAUCUUGCCUGACUGAUUCCAAGAUGAAUUUUUAUUCUGUUUCCCUCGUUGACACAAAUCUGU